AAUUGUAUUGCUUGGCUCCUUGCUAAGAUAACUCCACUAAAGCAACCAUACCACAAAGUCUCUCUCUUCCUUUAAAUGAAAAAGAAAUAGACUUUAUUGGAUUCUCAUUCUCUUCACGUUGAAGCCUCCCAUUCUCUCAAUUAUUCCACAACCAAGUUUCCACUUUCUUCUUCUUACUCUCUUUCUCUGGUUACUUGCUCUGGUCCUUUAAUCGUUUUACGAAGAUAUGCAUGAUUGGGCAGCACCGUUGAUAGCUUCGGCUCUAUUCGCGUUUCUAUCGCCGGGGCUGAUACUGCAGUUUCCUGGGAAAGAAUCUCCGGUAGGUUUCAUGAACAUGAAGACGACGAUAGCUUCUAUUUUCGUCCACACCGUUCUCUACGGUCUCUUUCUCAUCCUCUUCCUAGUCGUUCUCAACGUCCAUGUUUAUGCUUAGCUUUAGCUCAAAAUAUUACACUCAUGUGCUAGCCUUUGUUUGUGCUUAGAUGGGUUUAGUAGUAAAGCUUUGUUUUAUGACUUGUCUUACUUCUUUCUUUGUUCCUUCUUUUAAUUACUGAUCUAAAGAUAUUAAAGUUAUGACCAAAUUUUCUUUAGUGUUAUUCAAUAUAUGUAAGCCAUAUCUGUGUA